AAAAAAUUUUCAAUUUUAAUUUUUCAUUGUUUACAAAAUUAUUAUUUCUAUUUAUCACAGUAAUUUCGUGUGAUGGCAGCCUUCGCCUUUGGCUCGGGCAACCAACUUUACCUUCGUCUGAAAACAUUUUAACAAUAUAAUAUUUUUGAAUAAAAAUAAAUAAUUUAUUGGACAUUGAUAAAAUAAGUAAAAGACUGUAAUACAUAAAAUAUUAAAAUGAAGUCAGAAAGUAAUAACGGGUACUUAAGGUCUAGUGUAAUAACCGAAGAGAGUGAGUUUUUGCCUUCAGCAGCUCGGGAAAUUCCACAUACUGGUGUGCCUCUUCAGGUGACUUGUAGUACAAGAGGUAAUGCUGGAACAACCACUACAACAACGGUCAUUCACAGGCCGGCUAAUUCAUCGAGAAUGCCUGGAAUUACAAGAGCUACUUCAAUUACUCGGCGCCGUGGAGGACCUACUAAUCGUCAACAAUUACUUGCUGUUCUUGCUAUUACUCUUUUAGUAGGGAGUUUAUUUACUCUAAUACUAUUGGCUUUACAUCGUAGUCGCGAGUGUGCUAAAGAAACACGUCCCAACGUUUGUUUGACUGAAGAGUGCGUCAGGACGGCAUCAAGUCUACUUGCUGCAAUGGAUCCCACAGCGUCACCAUGUGUUGAUUUUUUUCAAUAUGCAUGUGGAACAUGGAACCGCUUACACAUAAUACCCGAAGACAGAAGUUCUAUAAAUACUUUCGAAGUACUUUCAGAUCAAUUGAAAGUUAUUUUAAAACGAGUACUAGAAGAACCACCAAAUAGUCAUGAUAACAGUGCGACAUUGAAAGCUAAAACAUUCUACAAGUCCUGCAUGGACAUCCCUCAAAUACGGCAUAUUGGUGAUGCGCCGUUGAAAGAAACGUUAAAAAAACUCGGUGGAUGGCCAGUUGUUGAAGGAAAUAAUUGGAAACCGCCUCGAGAUUCGAUUGAAAUUUUACUCGGAAGUUUACGUGGUGAAUUUAAUGAAGGCGUUUUAGUUGAACAAUGGGUGGGACCUGAUGAUAAAAAUUCCUCGGCCAACAUCCUCCAGUUGGAUCAAAUGCAAUUGGCUUUGCCCAGCAGAGAUUACUAUUUAAAAUCCAACAGUAAAUCUGAAUUACGUGCUUACCAUCGUUACAUGACAAAUGUAUCAGUUUUACUUGGCGCAGAUCCUAAAAUAGCUGCUGAAGAAUUUGAAAGUGUUAUUUAUUUUGAAAAGCAAUUGGCAAAUGCGUCACUGCCAGAAGCAGAUAGACAUGACACAUCUGCAAUUUAUCGGAAAUUAACAUUACGUGAAUUACAACGUGAAGUACCUCAAUUAAAGUGGCGGGAUUAUCUACAGACAUUUUUAAGUACGUCAAUUACUGAAGAUGAACCGGUUGUUGUUUAUGCGCUGCCAUAUUUUAUUCAAAUGGGUCGGAUUAUUGAAAAAACUGACAAAAGGACAAUCCAUAAUUACAUUAUUUGGAGACUAGUAAUGUCGCUAAUGCCGCAUAUGAUUGAUGAUUACCAACAAAAGCGGGUUGAGUUUCGUAAAAUACUUUUAGGAAUAUUGAGCGAAAGAAAUCGCUGGUCGCAGUGUGUCGAGUGGACGAAUAAAAAACUUGGAAUGGCUGUAGGUGCAUUAUUUAUUCGUGACAAUUUUAAUCACGAGAGUAAGGAGACUGCACUGGAGAUGAUUCACACUAUUCGUGAAGCAUUUAAUGAAUUGCUCGCCGAAAAUCACUGGAUGGAUGACGAAACCCGUGCUGUUGCUAAAAGUAAAGCUGAUUCGAUGAAUGAAAGAAUCGGAUAUCCUGAAUUUUUGAAAGAUCCUGUUCAACUUACUAAAGAAUAUAUUAUGCUUAAUAUAACAGAAGAUCAUUUUUUGGAAAAUGUUUUGGCUGUUUUGAAAUAUGAUGCUCGUCAUAAUUUGGAAAAAUUACGUAAGCCGGUUGAUAAAGACAAAUGGUCAACGGAACCAGCUGUUGUCAAUGCGUUUUAUAAUCCAAACAAAAAUGAUAUUGUUUUUCCAGCGGGUAUACUUCAGCCGUUAUUUUACUCUCAGCAUUUUCCAAAAUCAUUAAAUUACGGUGGUAUUGGGGUUGUAAUUGGCCACGAGAUUACGCAUGGGUUUGAUGACAAAGGCCGCCAGUAUGACAAAGACGGAAAUAUGAUGCAGUGGUGGAAUAAUUCAACUAUAAAAGCUUUUAGGGAAAGAGCCCAGUGUAUUAUUGACCAGUACUCACGUUAUAAACUUAAAGAUGUUAACUUGUAUGUUAAUGGUAGAAUGACGCAGGGGGAAAAUAUUGCCGACAAUGGCGGACUGAAACAGUCAUUUCGGGCAUACAGAAAAUGGGUCGCUACUUAUGGGGAGGAGCCCAUGCUUCCAGGAAUAAAUUUAACGCAUGAUCAAUUAUUUUUUCUUAAUUACGCACAAAUUUGGUGCGGAUCGAUGACACCAGAAGAUGCUUUAACUAAAAUUCGUAGCAGUGUACAUUCUCCUGGUCCUUUUAGAGUACUAGGUCCACUUUCAAACAGUAAAGAUUUUGCUAAAGCGUAUAAGUGUCCUCCAGGGUCACCUAUGAAUCCGACGCAUAAAUGUAGCGUGUGGUAAUAUAAUUAAAUAAAUUUAAUAAAAUAUAUAUUAAGUAAAAAAAAAAAAUAUCAACAUAUCAAAAAUUAAAGCUGGUGAUUAAAACGAGAGUUUAUGAAAAAAUUAUCUAUUACUGGAAAGAAACAAAAAAAAAAACGUAUAUAAGCACUUAUACGGCUUUGUUUUGUUUAAUAUAUCUAACAUCGUUAUAGUUAUAUAAAUGAAUGGCUUUAAUCAUCGUUAAAUUAAAUAUUAAAAAAAUAAUACGAAAGAAAUUAAAUUAUGGUCCAAGAUCGCGUGCUUCAAUACACAAUCAUAAA